GGCGCGGCGCGCGGGCCGCCCCCAUUCAUUGCGGCGGGCGGGCGGGGUCGGCACCAUGGAGGCGCUCAUCCCGGUCAUCAACAAGCUGCAGGACGUGUUCAACACGGUGGGCGCCGACAUCAUCCAGCUGCCGCAGAUCGUGGUGGUGGGCACGCAGAGCAGCGGGAAGAGCUCGGUGCUGGAGAGCCUGGUGGGCCGGGACCUGCUUCCGCGGGGCACCGGCAUCGUCACCCGGAGGCCCCUCAUCCUGCAGCUGGUGCAUGUGGCGCCCGAGGACCAGCGCAAGACGGCCGGCGAGGACAACGACCCUGCCGCCUGGAAAAACGCAAGACACCCCAGCAAAGGGGUCGAGGCGGAAGAAUGGGGGAAGUUUCUCCACACCAAGAACAAGCUUUAUACAGAUUUCGAUGAGAUUCGACAAGAAAUCGAAAAUGAAACGGAAAGGAUUUCGGGGAAUAAUAAGGGCGUGAGCCCCGAGCCCAUCCACCUGAAGAUCUUCUCACCCAACGUCGUCAACCUGACACUCGUGGACUUGCCCGGAAUGACCAAGGUGCCCGUGGGGGACCAGCCCAAGGACAUCGAGCUGCAGAUCCGGGAGCUCAUUCUCCGCUUCAUCAGCAACCCCAACUCCAUCAUCCUCGCCGUCACGGCCGCCAACACGGACAUGGCCACCUCCGAGGCGCUGAAGAUCUCCAGGGAGGUGGACCCGGACGGCCGCAGGACCCUGGCUGUGAUCACCAAGCUCGACCUCAUGGACGCGGGCACGGACGCCAUGGACGUGCUGAUGGGAAGGGUCAUCCCAGUCAAGCUGGGCAUCAUCGGGGUCGUCAACAGGAGCCAGCUGGACAUCAACAAUAAGAAGAGUGUCACGGACUCGAUCCGUGACGAGUACGCGUUCCUGCAGAAGAAGUACCCGUCCCUGGCCACCAGGAACGGGACCAAGUACCUCGCCCGCACUCUGAACAGGCUGCUGAUGCACCACAUCCGCGACUGCCUGCCCGAGCUGAAGACCAGGAUCAACGUCCUGGCCGCCCAGUACCAGUCGCUCCUGAACAGCUACGGCGAGCCGGUGGACGACAAGAGCGCCACCCUGCUCCAGCUCAUCACCAAGUUCGCCACGGAGUACUGCAACACCAUCGAGGGGACGGCCAAGUACAUCGAGACGUCGGAGCUGUGUGGCGGUGCCAGGAUCUGCUACAUUUUCCACGAGACCUUUGGGCGGACCUUGGAGUCCGUGGACCCGCUGGGCGGCCUGAACACCAUCGACAUCCUGACGGCCAUCAGGAACGCCACGGGCCCCCGGCCGGCGCUCUUCGUGCCCGAGGUCUCCUUCGAGCUGCUGGUGAAGCGGCAGAUCAAGCGGCUGGAGGAGCCGAGCCUGCGCUGCGUGGAGCUGGUGCACGAGGAGAUGCAGCGCAUCAUCCAGCACUGCAGCAACUACAGCACGCAGGUGCGGGGCCAGGAGCUGCUGCGCUUCCCCAAACUCCACGACGCCAUCGUGGAAGUGGUGACCUGCCUCCUCCGCAAGCGGCUGCCGGUCACCAACGAGAUGGUCCAUAACUUGGUGGCCAUCGAGCUGGCUUACAUCAACACAAAGCACCCCGACUUCGCAGACGCCUGUGGUCUGAUGAACAAUAAUAUAGAGGAGCAGAGGAGGAACAGGCUGGCCAGGGAACUGCCUUCAGCCGCGUCGCGAGACAAGUCCUCUAAGGCUCCCGGCGCCCUGGCACCCGCCCCCCAGGAGCCCUCCCCCGCUGCUUCUGCCGAGGCCAACGGCAAGUCAAUUCAGGACAGCAGGAGAGAGACUAAACAUGCGGCGCCGGGGGCCGGGGGAGUUGGGGACGCCGUGCAGGAGCCCGCGGCCGGCAGCUGGCGAGGCAUGCUGAAGACGUCCAAGGCCGAGGAGCUGCUGGCCGAGGAGAAGUCGCAGCCGCUUCCCAUCAUGCCGGCCAGCCCGCAGAAGGGCCACGCGGUGAACCUGCUGGACGUGCCUGUCCCCGUGGCCCGGAAGCUGUCCGCCCGCGAGCAGCGUGACUGCGAGGUGAUUGAGCGGCUCAUCAAGUCCUAUUUCCUCAUCGUACGGAAGAACAUCCAGGACAGCGUGCCCAAGGCGGUCAUGCACUUCCUGGUGAACCACGUGAAGGACACACUCCAGAGCGAGCUGGUCGGGCAGCUGUACAAGGCCUCGCUGCUGGACGAGCUGCUCACCGAGUCCGAGGACAUGGCCCAGCGCAGGAAGGAGGCUGCGGACAUGCUGAAGGCCCUACAGGGAGCCGGCCAGAUCAUCGCCGAGAUCCGAGAGACCCACCUCUGGUGACGCCCACUGCCCGAGCAGCGUGUAUUUAUGGACUCCGCGCCGGCUGUCCCCAGGUUUACUCUACCGCACGAGUCACAUGUAACCCAAUAAACGGCUCUAAGGUUCCCCGUACACACACACCCAGUCUGUCCCGCCCUGGAAGACGCCCGCCCCCACGCGCCCUGUGGGCACUCAGCUUCCUGCUGA